CGGCGCUGCGCUGCGGGAGGUGCAGGUUCGAGACAGGCACCGCGCGCCACCGCGGACCCAGCCAUUGACCCAGCAGCUCUCCUGACGGACGGCCACACGGCGCGAUGGGUUCAAUAGCGCUGGUCCUAGUGCUGUUCACGGCCAGUUUCGCAUGCGGACAAGAGAGCAUCUCUACUGCGAGCGAAGAUUUAUCCACCUCGACCGCUGCCAGCGUUGAGAGCGACCUGUCGACGGCCAAUUCGCUGGCGGCCUCGACCACCGCGUCACCCGCUGCCGCCUCGAAUGCGACUUCGUACCGGCUGCCCGAAAACCUGCGCCCGGAACAUUACACUUUGGAAAUAAAAACCUUCCUCGAGGAAGACAACUUCAGAUUCGAGGGACGCACGGUGAUCAGGGUCAUUUGCGCGGAGGACACGUCCAAAGUGGUGCUGCACUCGAGAGGACUCAAUUUGACCACUGACGACGUCAACGUGACCGACAACGCGACUGGCCACAAUUUGCAAAUCGCUGGACACGAGAUUGACGCUGAAAACAGCUUUUACAUUAUUCAUCUGAACGAAGAGCUGAAAUCAGGGCACAAAUACAUCAUUGACAUUCCGUACACGGGAGCCCUCACCACUAACUUGGCAGGCUACUACAGAAGCAGCUAUAAAGACAAAGCCACUGGAACCACAAAAUGGAUGGGAGUGACACAAUUCGAGCCGGUGGACGCCCGCAGAGCCUUUCCUUGUUUUGAUGAGCCCGCUAUGAAGGCUGUUUUCCAAGUGAACAUGAUUCGCCGCAAGGGUUUCACCUCCAUCAGCAACAUGCCGCUGGCCAAAUCAGUCCAACUUGAGGACGAUUGGUUCCGCGACGAAUACGUUGAGAGUGUGCGAAUGUCGACGUACUUGGUGGCGUUUGUCGUUUCCGACUUUGCUUACUUGGAAUCCACCCCUGCCAACACCACCUUCAGGGUGUGGGCCCGACCUGACGCUAUCGCCCAGGCCAGCUAUUCCCUCGAUAUCGCUCCGAAGGUGCUUGAUUUCUUUGAAGAUUAUUUCAACGUGCCGUAUCCCCUUCCUAAAAUGGAUAUGAUUGCUGUGCCGGAUUUCUCGUCAGGUGCAAUGGAAAACUGGGGAUUGGUCACUUACAGAGAAACGGCUAUGCUGCACGAGGAAGGAGUUUCGCCCGCCAGCUCCAAAGAGUCCGUUACGCGCGUGGUUGCUCACGAAUUAGCACACCAGUGGUUUGGAAAUUUGGUCACCAUGAAGUGGUGGGAUGAUAUUUGGCUUAAUGAAGGAUUUGCUACUUACGUCGCAGCGCUGGGAACUUCUCAUGCCCAGCCAACAUGGAACUCGCUGGAAGACCAAAUGACGGAGUCUCUUCUUACCGUCUUCUCCGUGGACUCUUUGCAAUCUUCGCAUUCAGUCUCGAAUAACAUCAAGAAUGCGAAUGAAAUCUGGCAACUGUUUGAUGCGAUCUCAUACUCCAAAGGUGCCAUUAUUCUGAGGAUGAUGAACCACUUUUUGGGCGAGGGCACUUUUAGACGCGGCGUGAACAGAUACCUGAAGGCCCACCAGUUCAACAACGCGGCCCAAGACGCUUUGUGGGCUUGUUUAGAGGAGCAAGCGCAACUCGAUUCCGCAAAAGAUCCUGAGAAUAAGUCAGCUGCACCGGGCAGAGCGACAGUAAAAGAAAUCAUGGACAGCUGGACCCUCCAAACUGGAUAUCCUGUCAUUCACGUCAUGCGCAAUUACGAGGCAGGAACUGCUGAGCUUACGCAGAAUCGUUUUGUGACUGAUUGGCUCGGUCGGUCGAGCGACGAGAGCUUGUGGUGGGUGCCCAUCAGCUACACGGAUCCGUCGAAUGCGCUUCUCGACAUCAGCACCAAACCUCGCUUCUGGAUGAACACAUCAAACGCAACUCUGACUGAUCUGCCUAAAGAGGACCAAUGGCUCCUGCUCAACGUCAAUGCCACUGCUUUGUACCGGAUAAAUUAUGACCUGAAAAAUUGGGAAUUGCUCUCGACUGCGCUGAGGACCGAGAAAAACCACGGAGGAAUUCCUGGCUUGAACAGAGCACAAUUGAUCGACGACGCUCUUGACCUGGCCAGGGCAGGCUUGCUCGAGUACAACUCGGCCUUGAACCUUCUCCGCUACCUGCGUCAAGAGCGAGAGUACUUGCCCUGGCGAGCCGCUUUCUCGAACCUUGCCUACUUCACCAGGAUGACGAGACGGGGCGCCGGCUUUGGACCUUUCAGAAACUUUAUGAGAACCCUCCUCACACCCAUUUACGAGGAACUUGACGAGCCCUUGAGGGCGAGAAAGGCUGAUGACACUCUGCCGCAAACCAAACACCGCUCUCAGGUUCUAAGCUGGUCAUGCACCAUGGGAGUGUCUGACUGCGAAGCCAGGGCCACUGCCCUUUUCAAAACCUGGCAGGAACAAAGCGAGGACCCUGACGUCGUUAAUCCCAUUCCUGUUGACCUGAGAGGCGUGGUCUAUUGCGCUGCUGUGAAAUCCGGAGGGCAGCCAACCUGGGACUUUGUGUGGAAAAGAUUUUUGGGCUCGAACGUCGGCGCAGAAAAAGGCAAACUGCUCUCUGCUUUAGGAUGUGCGAAGGAAAUGUGGCUGCUGCACAGAUAUUUGGACAUGUCGUUGAAUGAAACUACAGGAAUCCGCAAGCAAGAUGCUCUUAGCGUGUUUUAUUCCGUGGCUCGCAGCUCGAGCGGCUUUUACGUGGCCAGAGAAUUUCUUUUCACUCGAAUCAAGGAUAUUCACGCCUUCUUUAAGCCAAAAUUCAAUCGCAUUGGACGCUUCGUUGGAGCUAUUUGCGAGUCGAUGAACACAGAAUACGACCUGAACCAGAUUAAAUCGUUCAUUGAUUUGAACGCCGAGUACCUCAAAGACUCGAAAUUGCAAGUGAAGCAGGCGCUGGAAAAUGUCCAGUUGAAUGUGCAGUGGCAUUCCCAGCACCACAAAACUGUCACCGAGUGGCUCUCCUCGCACGCCAAUGAACAAUACUUCGCGUAAUUUAGAUAUAGAUGUGUUGCUUAGCAAACAGAAAAUCGUAAAAAUGGGUAUUCUUGUUAUUGAUGUUCUGUAUAGCAAAAAGCAUAAAAAUUGUUUCAAAUCGGAUCAUUCGCACACAAAGAAUUAUCAUCGAAUGUCACACCAUAAAUUAAAUAAAAACGGAAUAUGUAACUAAUUGUUGAACUGAGA